AUCGCGUCGGCAAACGUAUGAAAACGUAGAGGCGGCAAAUAAUUUUUGCAAUUUACAAGUGAAAAUGGCAACUUUUAAGCCUAAAUUUAUAAAACCGGACACCGACGACGCUAUUAAUGAAAGUGCAGGCAUCGAGGAACCCCAAAGUUCCACAUUUGUAUUCAACGCCCAUCAUAAUCUGGGUUUAAGCGAGCAACGCGAACGUUUGCCCAUACGAAAGUAUCGCGAUCAAAUACUUUAUUGCCUCGAGCAGCAUCAAGUGGUCAUAUUGGUUGGUGAAACAGGCAGUGGCAAAAGCACCCAAGUGCCGCAAUAUCUCUAUGAAUGGGGCUGGCAUAGCAAGGGGACCAUUGGCAUCACCGAACCACGUCGCGUGGCCACCGUGACGCUGGCAAAUCGUGUGGCUCAAGAACGUGGAGAACUUGUGGGUGACACUGUGGGCUACGCGGUGCGUUUCCAGGAGCGUAUCUCACCAGAGACGCGCAUUAAGUAUCUCACCGAGGGCAUAUUGCUGCGUGAGUUGCUCGCUGAUCCGCUGCUUACACAAUACAGCGUCAUCAUUGUGGACGAGGCGCAUGAACGCAACAUGUUGACGGACAUGUUGCUGGGGCUGCUCAAGAAGAUCUUGCGCAAGCGCAGCCAGCUCAAACUGAUCAUCUCUUCAGCCACCAUUGAUGCUAGCUUCUUCAGUGAGUUCUUUAGCUGGCCGGGAGCCGGAGAAGUGAGUGUGAAGCUCUCCAUUGAGGGACGCAUGCAUGCUGUGCAACAUUUCUAUCUGAAUGAACCCUGUGCCGACUAUGUGCGCGAAACGGUGGCCACCAUCUGGAAGCUGCAUCACAAGGAGCCACCUGGCGACAUCUUGGCCUUUCUCACCGGCCAGGAGGAGGUGCUGGAGGCCUUGGACUUGAUCAAAGAGUACAUAGCUAGUGAGGAAUGCACGACGCUCAAAGCGCUGCCCAUGUACGGCAGCAUGAGCAGUCAGGAUCAGCUCGCUGUGUUCUUUACACCAGCCAAGGGUGUACGCAAAGUAGUGUUGGCCACCAACAUAGCAGAGACCUCGAUUACCAUACCAGGCAUUGUCUACGUUAUUGAUUGUGGCUACGCCAAAGUCAAAUGGUUUAAUCCCGCCACCUGUAGCGACAGCUUAAUGAUUGUGCCCGUGAGCAAAGCUUCGGCUAUACAGCGAGCUGGACGCGCUGGUCGUGUGCGUCCUGGUAAAGUUUAUAGAUUGUAUACCAAGCAGGAUUACGAAGGAUUGGCUCCCAGGCAGCCGCCAGAGCUGCGUCGCAGCGAGCUAAGUGGCGCUGUGUUGCAGUUGAAAGCACUGGGCAUUGGAAACAUUCUACGCUUUGAUUUUCCCUCACCGCCACCUGCAAAGAAUCUACUCUCCGCUCUCGAGACACUUUACGCCUUGGAUGCCCUUGAUGAGCAGGGACAGCUGACGAAACCGGUGGGAUUUCUGCUUGCUGAGCUACCCUUUACUGCCAUGCUCUCCAAGAUGUUGCAUGUGUCGGGCAAACUUGGUUGCGCUGAGGAAAUUAUCACUAUCAUUGCCAUGUUGCAGGUGCAAUCGAUUUUCUCGCGUCCCGUUUCUGCCGCUGCUCAGCAAAGUGGACGCAUUGCUCAUCGUCAUUUCGAGGUAGCCGAGGGAGACUUGAUAACAUUGCUCAACAUAUAUACCGCCUUCGUGGAGGAGGGCAUGACGAAGGAGUUUUGUGGACAAUACUAUUUGAUCUAUCGGAAUCUGAAGCGUGCCUGCGAAUUGCGAGAGCAGCUCAUCAAUCUGGCCCGCAAGAAGUACGGUAUACCCAUCUUCUCCUGCAAGGGCGACGUGGAGUUGCUAUGCAAAUGCAUCACAGCAGGAUUCUUCACCCAGGUUGCGUAUCUUCAUCACUCGGGAGUUUAUAGACAAAUUAGCAGCGGCACAGAGUUGGCAAUACAUCCAAAUUCCACGCUCUACACUUUGCCACAGGCGCAGUAUGUUGUCUAUGGUGAAUUGCUGCAGACGACGAAGCUGUUCAUGAAUCAUGUGACGGUCAUCAAGAAGGAGUGGCUAACGGAGCUGGCACCACAUUAUUAUCACCAGACCACAGUGCGAGAUUAGCACAAACUAAACACGUAAGGAUUGUAAAUGGAAAGUCAUGUGGAGAGUUAGCCAUGUGCCACACGGCCACGUCCCUGGAACAUCAUCAUGGACUCGGGACCGCGUACCACACGCGACAUCAGCUCCCAGCACAUCUUGGCAG